AUGGGCAAAUCAAAUAAUACGUAAGACAAACCUAAAGAAAGUAAACAAUAUCAAAAAAUUGGAUGUGAUUAAAGAAAAUUAGUACUUGAUAUGCUAUUGAAUUAAAAGUUAUCGCUAUAAGAGGUAUAAAUCAUCAUUAUUCUUAUCACUUGUCUUCUCUUUCUAUUUAUUAUUGCUAUUUCAUUUAAUAUCUUUUAGGUGGCUAGCAAACUGUAAUUAAAGUAUUGUACAGUACGAACAAUUUAAAAGACAUAUGAAAAAGAAGGUCGUAUAGGAAAAAAAGAAUCUAGAAAGAAGAAGUUAAAAGUUGAAAGUAUUCUAAAAAUAAGUGUUUUAAAUCCUUUCACAAUGGAGAUUCAACCUUUGAGUGUCCAAUCUGAUAUUCAUAAGGUAUUCUUUAGUAAUUCAAUAUUUAGAUAUAUAUUGACAAACAGCCGUCGCUACUUGAUCAAAUUACCUUAGCAAACCAAUAACAAUCCCUUUUCCAAACUUAAUGCUCUAAAUUCACUUCAGCAAUCAUAUCUCAUAUGAAUUAACCAAAUUUGAUGUAUUAAUCCAUCAUUCAAAACAUGUUACUCUCAUCCUAACAAGUAUUUAAAUCAAUCCUUGAUUUAAAACCUUAAGGAUAAAUCAAAUAAGAAUUUGACUCACUUUCCUAACUCCUGCCAUAAUUUUCUUACACAUAACAACCAUAUUAAUAUCAAUAUUACCCUAUACCAUAUACUCAGAUAAGAUCUUGA